AAGCUCAAAACUGAAGUAUAUAUACAGUCUGUAUCUUUAAAUUAAAUAUGAGUCAAAGUGCCGGAUUGAUCCGGAAGAAGACAAGUCCACCAGUUCAAACAGAUAACUCACAAAUCCCUACAGAAUCAUUAGAAGCUAUACGAAAUCGAUUAAAUCAAGUCCAUUUAUCAUUACGAAAACUUGCUGAACAAGUUAAUCUGCAUAAUAGACAUCCUAAUAAGGUGAAAUUACCUUCAUAUGCACAUUUUCAAAGUCAAUUUCAAGUAUUAAUUACUCAAUUACAUUCUAUAGCUACAAAUAUUAGUUCUAAUGAUGAAUUAUUAAUGAAUACAAAUGUAUAUCCUACAUCAUUAUUUCCAACUACCCAACAUGAAGGAUUAUUAACAACUUUAUUAAGAAAAAAACCAUUACCAGAAGUAGAUGAAUGGAUAGAAAGUGCGAUAAAGACAAGAGAUACUGUAAAUGGUGAUGAUCGAACUUUACAACGAGAUGAUGAAUUUGCUGAAUGGUGUUUUGCAAAAGUUCAAGAAUUACGUGAAUCUUUCCAAUUUUAUGGAUUUCAUACAGUUGAAGAAUUAGAUUAUUUAGAAACUGAGGAAGGUAAAAAAGAAGCUCAUGAAAAGAAAGAUGCUGAAAGAAAAAAGGAAGAUAUUGAAUUAAGUAUAACUUCAGGAGGUACUAAAGGAUUAAAUCCAAAUCAAGUAUUAAAAUUUAUGUAUCAAGGUGAGUUAUAACAUUUUCUAUAAUAUUCUUAAAAAGUAGUUAUGUAAAUUAU